AUGAUGAAGGGCCUGAUGUCACGGAAAUUUGACUUUCAAGACCUAUCCACAGUAACUCUAACACAGACAUGCAGCGCAGUAGUGACAAGACCCAUGGCUAAAAAGAUGUCUGAUCCAGGUAGCUUCAUUAUUCCGCGCACUAUUGGGAGUUAUGCUUUUGCAAAAGCAUUGUGUGACUUAGGAGCCAACAUAAACUUGAUGCCUUUGGCAAUAUAUACAAAACUGGGCAUUGGCAAAGCUAGACCGACUUCGAUACUGUUGCAAUUGGCUGACCGCACGGUUAGAAGACCGACGGGGAUUCUUGAUGAUGUGCUAGUACAAGUGGGAAAGUUUGUAUUCCCUGCAGACUUUGUUAUCCUGGACUGCCAGGUAGAUGAGGAGAUACCCAUCAUUCUGGGAGGCCAUUCUUAG